GUGCGUAAUACACUGGGGGUUAUUUUAUUUUGCAGCUUUCACCUCUAGACAAUUCAUAAACUGCCAUUUUACUUUAUUUAAACCCCUCUCAGCACAGGAUUUGGACGAUUGCGACAAUGCCGAACGAGAACUGGGAAAAGUACAAGAAGCCAAUUGACGACCUGGAGGAGGAGAAGGUCAAUGUCCUCGAUGAGAAGGAUAUUGAGCUGCUCAAAGCCUACGGCGAGGGACCCUACGCUAAGGAAAUCAAGCUGCUGGAGAAGUCCAUCAAGGACAUGCAAAAGUCGAUCACGGAGAAGAUUGGAGUGCGCGAGCUCGACACUGGUCUUGCGCCGCCCAACAUGUGGGAUUUGCCAGCAGACAAGCAACGCCAGCGCGAGGAGCAGCCGCUGCAGGUAGCGCGGUGCACAAAGAUCAUUGGCGAGGGCGACAGCGCUAAAUACGUCAUCAGCGUCAAGCACAUUGCAAAGUUUGUGGUUGCACUGGCGCAGCGUGUAUCGCCGACAGAUAUCGAGGAGGGCAUGCGCAUCGGCGUUGACCGCACCAAGUACCAGAUCCAGCUGCCGCUUCCGCCCAAGAUUGACCCGUCAGUGACCAUGAUGCAGGUUGAGGAGAAACCCGAUGUCACAUACAGCGAUGUGGGUGGCAGCAAAGAGCAGAUCGAGAAGCUGCGUGAGGUGGUGGAGCUGCCGCUGCUCGAGCCUGAGCGCUUCAUCAAUCUGGGUAUCGAUCCGCCCAAGGGCGUGCUGCUGUACGGACCGCCGGGAACCGGAAAGACCCUGUGCGCUCGUGCGGUAGCCAACCGGACCGACGCCACCUUUAUUUGCGUCAUUGGGUCUGAGCUUGUACAAAAGUACGUGGGAGAGGGAGCGCGUAUGGUGCGCGACCUGUUCGAGAUGGCGCGGACCAAGAAGGCAUGCAUCAUUUUCUUUGAUGAGGUUGACGCCAUCGGCGGAGCCCGCUUUGAUGAUGGCGCGGGCGGUGACAACGAAGUGCAGCGUACCAUGCUGGAGCUGAUCAACCAGCUUGACGGCUUCGACCCGCGUGGCAACAUCAAGGUCAUCAUGGCCACUAACCGUCCCGACACGCUUGACCCCGCGCUGCUGCGCCCCGGUCGUCUUGACCGCAAGGUCGAGUUUGCGCUGCCCGACCAGGAGGGCCGCGCGCACAUCCUGCGCAUCCACGCGCGCAGCAUGAGCGUCGAGCGGGAUAUCCGCUACGAUCUGAUUGCCCGGCUGUGCCCGAACAGCACCGGAGCUGAGCUGCGCAGUGUGUGCACAGAGGCGGGCAUGUUUGCCAUCCGUGCCAGGAGAAAGGUGGCCACCGAAAAGGACUUUUUGGACUCGGUCAACAAGGUCAUCAAGUCGUAUGCCAAGUUCAGCUCGACACCAAAGUACAUGACCUACAACUGA